GUAACAGUCACUACAAAACCAACAUCGACCACCAGUAUCAAUACUUUAUUAACAACAACUGGUAUUGUUAUAACAACAACACUUCCAGCAACUACAACAGCAACAACAUCAACAACUGGAGUAACCACCGUUGCUUCCACAUCAGCUGGUCCAACUGUAUCUGGUUCAACAACUGAAUCAACAGUUGCUGUUAUGUAUCCAAAAGACAUGGAAGAUGUUUGUCAACAAACAGUAGGAAUUAUGAGUGCUGUGGCCAUGUUAUUCAUGAUGCCAAUCCAAGCUUUAGCAAUGUACGCUGCCUUUACGAAAUAUGCUACGAUGUUCAAUCCAGUUAAUAUUAAAGCAAAGACGAGACAUCAAUUACGAAUGAAAAGAAUUCUACAACGUUAA